AUGCGUCGCCAAGAUUGUUGCCAGGUGAGACAAGUCUGCAUUCCCCCUCCCAAAAUCUUGGUGAGGACUUGUCCUGUGAGGAGACGCGUGGAUUCCUGUGGCAACAUCUGCAACGUCCGGAGCUCGCGCCCGCGCCUGAACCCCUGCUGCUACGCUACAGUUCCCCAGGGCACCACCACCUACCUGAACCUGGGUGCUCUGGGGGUGACCCAGGGUGCCCAGUGCCUGGAUCCGUGUCGCCUUGGGGUCCCCCCCUGUGAAGUGGCCAAGUGCAGGACCCCGUGCCCCAACCCCUGCAUCUGCAAGGUUACAGAGUGCAGCACCAGGUGCCAGGAGUCCUGCUGUGAAGAUGUCACCAAGUGUGCCACCACCUGCGUUGACCCGUGUUGCCAGGAGGUCACCAAGUGUGUGGACCCUUGCUGCCAGGAGGUCACCAAAUGUGCCACCACCUGCGUUGACCCUUGCUGCCAAGAGGUCACCAAGUGCACCACCAGGUGUGUAGAUCCUUGCUGCCAGGAGGUCACCAAGUGCACCACCAAGUGUGUAGAUCCUUGCUGCCAGGAGGUCACCAAGUGCACCACCAG